AUGAACGAGUCUGCUACAACGGAGACAGUCGUGUCUGCUGCUACAACGGCGACGUUCACGGCUUUGGGCUACAAUGCUGCCUUUUGCAGUCUCAUAGCCACCUGUGCCAUGAUUGCCUUUUCAGCUGCGGUUCAUUUUGGAAAAAAUGGUCAAUUGGCACCCCGCACCUGGUCAAGACCAAAGGAAGUCCUGAAGAAUGUACUUUCCAGACCCUACGGCCUCUCCUGGAUUCCGUGGACAUUAAAUUUGACUUAUCAUGAAAUGCUGGAAGGCAUCCCAGGAACAGGGACUCGUAAUAAGGGGAAGCAAGGCACCUUACUGAAAUGUAAUCUGGAUGGAAUCAUUAUCAUCAAGUUUCAUUCAUUGAUGCUGAAGGUUGCCUUUUUGACUUCUAUUUUGUGUUGCGUCAUUAUUCUACCACUGAAUUUGACGGCACCCUGUAACAUUACGGAUUCGGGUGCUGAGGUGUGUAAGAAUAUUACACAUAUGGAUAACUACGCAAUGACAACGAUUGCCCACAUUCCGCCGAUGGUAUUUGUGGAUGAGGCUGUACUACCGAAUGCUACGGACACCAGAGGUGGAUUUCGACUGGAGCCCUUCUUUCAAAAUCUGAACCGAUACUUUGUCAAUGAUUCUGGAAUCACACCCCGUCUGAUUUGUAUUGUCAUCGUUGCGUGGUGCAUCUACACGUACACAUGUUACUUGGUUUGGAAUGAAUGGAUCGAAAAUUCUGCCCUCCGGCGGAUAUAUUUCUUGGAAGCAGAGCAUUUUGACCACCGGAAACAAGAAUUGGAAUACUUGGCCAACUUGGAUGUGGAGUAUGAGCGACCAGAAAUGAACUUGAAGCAGUUUUUACCGCAUCCGGAAUUGAGGGAGACGGUGCCGCCCGUGUCGUUGUACUCGGCACUAUACAAGUUACCGCCCUGUGAUGUCAUUUCGGUUGAUGAACAACUCAAGGCUACCAUUGAAUUUUUCGAUAAGUGUGUGCCCAAUCAACCUGGAUUCAGUUCAAGUGUGGCAGCAGCAACUAUAUUACCUGAUCCAGCCCAUCUUGCGCUGGUAUGGGGCAAAUUCUAUGCCUUGUCGACCCAAGUGCGACGGCUCCGCUUUAUUCGGUUUCGACUCAAGGAAUUGCGAUCUGAAAGGCGAGAGAAUAUUCACAAUAUUUCGGUUCAGAAACUGGCGGAACUCAAUGGUGAUCAAGAACAAGGUACCUCCCCGAUGAAGAAGGUGAAUAGUGAUGGUAGUAUUUCUGCCCGAAAGAAAAAGGACGCUCGAUCAAACCCGAAAGGGCUAAGUGUUCGAACUAGCUUUAUUGAUCCAGAUGACCCAGAUGAUUUGUUUGGUUACAACAAUUUCCAAUUGGAUGAUCUACAUAUGGAAGAGAAUAUCGAAUCUUUGGCAGUUUUUGAACGGGAGUUUUCGCAGAGUGCUGCUUGCUGCCCCAAUGGAAUGUGCAACGAUUCGAGGAUUCGAUAUGCAGACGUUGAUACAUUAUUAGAAAUGGAAGAAGAAACUCAAGACGCGGUGGAUAAAGCAAGAAGGGAACUUAUCGCAGCAAGAUCUUCCCAAAAAAGGUCUAGUACUUUUAGAGCUGCAGUCCGUGAAAAUUUUGAAAUGCUAGAGCUAGAGGAAAUGGAUGCAGUAACUCCGCUUCCUCUUCCAACUAAUCGCCGAUUCAGCCAGGCACGUGAAGUCGUAUCAUUGGGUCAAGACCUUGACGCUUCCAUUGCUCGCAAACGUCGAUCGAAUACUGACUUUUCUAAUCGGGCCGAUAGCGGCAGCAAUCCGUUCGAAGAUUUGAAGCCCAAUCUCUCGGGUGAGUCAGGUGUAUCUGGAAUUGAAACCGUGGACGCCUCCUAUCCCACCACACAUCGGCUCUGGGAACUGGCAAAUCGAGUGGUUCUGAACAGCGAACGGCCUUGGAGUGUUGGACGACGACGAUACCGCCGAAUAGCCGAUGGGAGAUGGAAGUGGACAUCCUUUUACUCUUGGUGGAACGAUGUUGCUCUGGUGGAAGAAAACCCGGGGGAGUUUGAAAGGUUUGGAGGGGUGGCGAAGAAUGCGAAACCCAGUACAAAGAAGGUGAUCAAUUCACUGAUCGAGCAGCAAAAAUAUGCUGUCGUUACAUUUACGUCACGACAAGCAGCGGUGUCGGCUCGACAAUGUGUUGCUGAUGCCAGUGGAUUGGAUCGUUGGGUGGAAAUCGACAGUAUCCCAGUGCCUCCAUUGGCUGAUUCACCACCAAACAACAUUCUAUUUUGCCGCGGUUGCUGCAAACCAGUCACAGUGACCUUGAAUGACACAUCCAAGAAGGCACGGAACAACUUGACAAUAAUGACAUUGAUCUUCUUUUGCCUGCUGUAUACGGUCCCACUCUCCCUGACGUCUACAUACUUCUCGGAUACAGCCCAAGAAGCGUGGCCAAACUUUCCUCACCAUAACCUUCUGUCAGGUUUUAUCAGUGGUGGAUUGUAUACUAUUUUCUUUUCGGUCUGCCCUUUCAUUUUCAAGCUCUUUGCCAAUUAUGGCAGCAACGCUACCAGUAUUCGUCAAGCGGAACUCGGAGCGCUGCGAUACUAUUGGUUUUUCAUUCUGUUCACAGCAUUUGCAGGACAGUCACUUGUUUCCAUGACUAUCAAUGGGUAUCUGUCAACUUCAGCAUUGGGAAACCAAGCUUCCGUUGUGGUGAUGCACGUUGCAAAAACAAUCCCCACUUCUCAAUCGGUCAUUUGGAUGAAUUGGAUUAUUAUUCGAAUUGGCUUUACCCUUCCAGUGAACUAUUUGCUACAGUUCAAUACAUUCUUGUUCAAGAAUUGGCCAGGGAUGAGGUGCUGUUCAAGGCUUGUCUCUGGAGGUGGCGCUGGGGGUCCUAUGCCAUACCGAAUGUAUGUUGACGCUGGCCUUGUCUUUUUGUGUGUUAUUGCACUUGCCCCAGCAUCGCCAUUGGUUGCUCCAAUCGGUACAGUCUACUUUUUGGUUUCAACCCCAAUUCUUCGAUGGUUAUUGAUCUUUGUCUACCGGCCAAUGUAUGAUGGAGGCGGCAUGAGGUGGACAUUCCUCCAUGAUAUGAUCAUAUCAGCAAUGGUGACCUCGCAAGUUCUGCUCCUCGCAAUGAUGCUUCUUAAGAACGCCCAUGGACCAGCUCUACUCGCUGGGCUUGCCGUCGUUCCCACGCUGACAUUCAACAACUUCGCGAAAAAGCGCUUCCUCCGUCCCUAUUCGGAUGCUGGUUUACUCCAAACAAGUCAAUUGGAUGGUUGGGACUAUGUGAAAUUGAGCUCGUACGAUAGUCGGGAAGAGUUCCGAAAAUGGCUUGUGGAUUGUCAUAAGGCCAGCUUUAUUCCCAUGUGCCUGGCUGGAAAGGAUAAUUUCUUUUCCUAUGAGCCGGCAGUUGCCCUUCCUGACGACUAUCAGUCACCGAGGAAAUCACCCGGCGCCGUGCUCUCUCCCAAAGCAUCUGCUGAGGAUUUGAGCAAUAGUGUUGGUAGUCUCUCUGAUUUCCAGAGUCUCGGAAGUAGCAGGAUGGAUGCGCUAACAAAAGAACAAAUGGCGCAAAAGGGAGCCAUGUUCCGUCGGAUGUCCUUGUCAGGCAGAGGUUCAUUUGUGAAUCCUCAGACUUUUUUCGAUGGAGAUCUCUUUGUAUCUGCGGGCGAAAGCGACUCGGAAAUAGGGUUGGGUCCCCCACAUACUAUUUCAGACCUAGGAUUGGGUAGUCCACAUAAUGUUUGA